AUGAAGAAGAAAUUUUAUAUUCCAGCAAUGAUCCUACCACCUUUACUUUAUUCAUUCACUUUGCUCAUAUUGGUUUAUAUUUAUAAUGGGAAUAGCGAUGACGAAGUAAUAUGUGGUGUAUCAGCGGUAUAUAUCGGUCGGUUAAGGCCGAUUUGGGGCAUUUCGUCAACUCUUAUUAAUUUAGCAACAAUUAUACUUUAUGUAAUACUGAGCCGAGUUGUAGUGAAGGCUAAAACAACAACUAGAAACUUCGAGCUGUUCCAAACAUUAAAGAUAAUCGUGGCAUUUAUUGGACUGGGGCAUUUAACAACAAUGGUAAUCUUUAUGUCCACAGUGUUCCUGGAUAUUCCUAGAAUGACAAAGUAUUAUGUGGCAUACUAUGGUGGAAUAUUUAUUAAUAUAAGCGUUUCAUGCAAUUGGUUAUUUUAUUAUUGGAGAAGUACGGAAUAUCGGAACGAAUUUAAAAGGCAACUCAAGAAACUUCCAUGCCUUAGGGAUGUUGUAGAUUUGCAACCGAAAUGUAUUGCACACAAAUCACUGGCCAUAAUUCAUCGGCAGAUUUCCACAAAAGUUGGUCCUAAGAAUCUUCCGAGUUUGUCCUGA